AUCUUCCUUAAACUGGACGGUUCAACAAUAGGGCUGUGCAUCAUUUCCUGUAUCUGUGGGAGCAAAUCAACAGCCAUUAGAGUCAGAUGUCAUUACAUUUGCUGAUAUCACGCUGUCCUAAUUUAAUACAAUCUUCAAAAUAACAGAUGUAACGUCGGAUGUUCAGUCGACAAUUAUUCAAUAAGAAAUUCGAAGUUUACACUAGAAAAGAUACUUUCUACGAUUCUAGACUACUUCAUUAUGCGGAAAGCACGAAUUCACACAAGCCAACACGGACAUGACUAACCUCAAGCACUUCAAGCACGGAAUGCUCAACCUUAAUCAGGUUGCUCAAGAAAGUAAAGGAGGCCGGUUUGACUGUAGGUUUACUUUUUAUCAAUCUUCGUUGUGAGAGGGGUUGUGGUAUGUUUCUGCGUGUUACAGUUGGUCGUCUAUCAAAAUCGCUUGUCUCCCAUCCCAAUUUACUGAUCCGUUAUGCUUCCAGUGAGCCGACUGAUGAGCAAGGUGGAUUUACGCGGUCAAUCUACUCCAAACCUAUGUAUAAAUAUGUUGUACGUGACGGGAAAUCUGUUAAAAUAUAUUCUGGUUUGGUGACAAAAUCGUCUCGUCCUGCUGUUAAAUUUCGUGAACUUCUUCAGAAGGCAUGGAGUACAGAAACUCUGACAGUGGAUAGCCUCAGAUCAUUGUUGCUAUCACGAAUGAAGGAACGAAACCGACGAAGACAAAUAGUUUCUGACAAAGACGUUGAUAAACUAGGACUAGAUAUUGCCAUAGCUCAUAUGGUGUGCAGUCUGGGCGGUCGCGUUCAGCUCAUCGGUCACACUAGCUGGAUUCAACCAUAUGCUGGGGUCCCUCCUAUACUACCAAAUAAAUACGUUGAUGGUUUCGUGAUCGAAAGCAUUGACCUGUCAGGUACCAAUAUUGUAUAUGAAGGACUAGAGUUUUUACGUAAGUAAAUGCUUUUGAUUUGAUUACCUUUACGUUUAUUUGAAGUAACAGGCAUGUUUCAUAAAUUUCAACAGAACAAUGGGAAGAUAGAGUUUACCUGAAAAGUAUGAUGUAUUUGCGCCACACAUUCGGGACAAUCUGGGCAUGCAUUUAAUGGUCAAGGCAUUAUGCGAAAAUUAGUGAAGGUCAAUUAAAUGAAGGUCCAAGUAAACAAAGUGAUAAUUGUAAGAUGAGGUGAAAAUCAGCGUCGUAUAGACAGAAUAAGGAAUUCGCGCACUGCCUUAAGCCGUAAAAUGACUUAAGGAUUCCCAGGGCAAAUUCAAGGCUACGACAAACUAUUUCUGUACACGUAAGAGGGGGUUGAAUUUACAAAUAGCCAAGGCUUCUGAACUUCAGAAAGCUAAACGCCCAGACAUAGUACUUGUAGUAGGUGACUUUAAUGCCCAAGUAGGUAACUUAAACCAAACAGAAAGACAUUUAGGUGGGUAAUUUGUUAUUCCGACUCAGCGAACAGAUAAUGUUGAUCGUCUGCUGCAACUGUGCUCGGACAAUCGUUUAUUUUUAGCAAACACUAAUUUUAAGCAUAAGGAGAGACAUCGUAUAACACGGCGACCCCCUGCACCAAACCAACGAUGGACUCAAAUAGAUCAUAUUACCACACAAACGAUGAACUCUAUGUCUAUGGCAACUACUUUUCUCGCCCCGAAAAACAAUCAAUCGAUUUAAAUAAUUAUCAUUACUAUUAUUGUCAUUAUUAAUACUAUUAUUGUUACUAUUAUUGUCAUUAUUAUUAUUAUUAUUAUUAUUAUUAUUAUUAUUAUUUUCCACAUUAUUCACCCUCUUUUAUACUUAUACAGCGGCUCGUCUUUGGUGGAAAUCCGACUGUAUCUAAACGUUCUCGAGUCACUGCCCGGUUGAAAAUUGUAUGUUACCAUCGGAUAUGAGUACUGAAGCAGUUUUUAUGAAACCACGUGCGCCAUUCAAACUGGCUGCCUUCAACGUUCGCACACUUAUGCAGCCUGUUUAACUCAUCUAAGGUACUUAAAAAUGAAAAGAUGUAUACAUCUUGAUGAUUUUUGCUUGUCGAGAAUUGGACGUAUCAAAGGAUUACAAUUUCUCGAUGUCAGUGAGUGCCCUACUAUUACUUCAAAAGGCCUAGCGACAUUGGCACACUUAAAAGCUUUACGCCGCCUAAUAGUGAGUGGAAACCCACAGAUUGAAGACAAGGAAUUAGUUUGCCUCCUACUAGAAGAUCACUUACCAAAAUUAUACAUUGACGGUGUUGACUACAUCGGUCAACUACCUGAUAAAUCAAAAGAAAAGAUCUUAAGGUUAGUAUCUAGAAAUGAAAAGUUUACUCAAGCACAAAACGAGGAGACCAAUGUAGACAAAGUUUAUUUGAUUGACAAAGCAUAGAAAUGUCAAGUAACAUAUACCCAUAUUAUAUAAUGUACAUAAAAGUUAUC